GUUCUGUUUUCAAGCGACGUACUCCAUCGCAUGUUAGUAAACUGAUAAAGAAGCCAAACGUCUGCUCCUCGCGCUUUCUGAAACCUCAUUGAAGACACAAUGGCUCGAGAGGGUGCACUGUGGAUGGGUGAUCUGGCAGAUUACAUGGAUGAAAACUUUAUCAUUGCUGCUUUCCGUGCUCUUGGUGAGGAGAAUGUUCAGAAUGUAAAGGUGAUGAAGAACAGGUACACGGGCCACCCAGCUGGCUACUGCUUUGUCAACUUCUCCUCUGACCAGGCUGCCUUGACUGCCAUGCACAAGCUCAAUGGGAAGGUCAUUCCACAUAGUCAGCCGCCUGUGCGAUUCAAGUUGAACCACAGCAGUACACGUGGUAACAACACAGAUAAAGAGUAUUCUCUGUGGGUGGGCGACCUUACACCUGAUGUGGAUGACUUUGCCCUGUACAAGACUUUUGGGAGCAGAUAUAACAGCAUCAAGACCGCAAAAGUUAUAUAUGAUCCUAAUGGACAAAGCAAAGGAUUUGCUUUUGUGAGAUUUUAUUCAGAAGAUGAAUACAAAGAUGCCCUUACACACAUGAAUGGCUUCAAGGGCCUGGGGCAAAAGCCUCUGAAAGUGAGUUAUGCUGUGCCCAAGAAGCAGCAUUACCCUGGCAUGAAUCACAUGGGCGGUGACUAUAGCCAGUACUAUGAGCAGUAUUGGAAUAAUUAUGCUGCUUGGCAAAACUACGGCACAUACUAUGACCCUUACUCGUCUUCCUAUGGGGACUACAACACUGGUUUGGAAGGAGGCUCAGGGGAUGCUAAGGACACAAGCAAGGAAGAUUUUGAACCUGUGGAGUGGAAUGUCCCCAUUGAUGUUGACAAGGCCAAUUCAGAAUACAUAGAGAGGAGUGAGGAACUGUGGCAGGCGAUUGAGAAGGCUCGCUGGACUUUCUGGGAAGAGGCCAAGGAAGAUGAAUGAGAUAAAGAGAAAAGACGCAGCAGUAGAGUAUAAAGAAGGAUUGAAUUGUCCCAUAAUCUGUAUUUAAACCAUUUACGAUUGUUGGUUUGCUUUUCCAUAUGAAUGACGGAAGCUUUAUUCUUUAAAAAAAAACACAAAAAACAUUGUAUGAAUGUGUUUUACAAAUACAUGUAUAAAACUGAUAGUCAGUGUUGCCAUUGGUGAGAGGCUAUUUUCUUUUCUUUGUCACUUUUUUUUUAAUUUCCAUAUUCCAUAUUACAGGCAUGAGUAUGAGGAAGAACGUCAGAUCAAUAAAUAAUUAAAGUUUAUCUCUGUUAAUUAAUGUAGAAAGCAGGUUAAUAUUGAUGUAAAGUUCAUGAAUGAAUGAGCAAUAAUUGUGGACAUAAUUGAAUAUAUGAUUUCUACGCAAGAAUUAUGAAACAAAUCAAUUACAGAAAAUGUACCUAAUUUAUUCAGUAUAAUACACAGAUUUUUCACUUGAUUUUUUUUAUUUUUUUUAUUUACUGAUUUGUAUUGUUAGUAUUUUCCUAUAAUCUUUUACAUUUAGAUGUGUAUUACUUACUAAGAUUGUCUAUAGAUGAUGCAAUAGCAAGAUCUCUUUUCAUGUCAUCAGUCUUACACUAUAUUUUUGUACCUGUAGGAUUACAUGAUACAAAGAGGGAAUUUGUAUGUCAGUAUAAAGUUGCUGUCGGAGGCAAGCUCACGAAGCACAAGCAUUCGUGUACAGAAGUCAUGUGAUCUUGUCAUAAACUGGUUUAGCACAUGUUGGCUUGGUACUUAUGGAGGCUUGUGGCUCUUUGGUGUGGCUCAUCAGCAUUACAAUAUAUUUAUUUCUGAUUAAUGUGUUUUAUCCAUAUCUAAAUAAAUUGGAAGUUCAUAUUGAGAAGGGAUGAGGUCAGUUUAUCAGUUACAAAGGUUUUCUUUGAAGUAUGAAGUGCUUUAUUGUUUAUGUAUCACUACCUCAUUAUGGACUUGUCAUUCAAAAAUAUUUAUUUUAUAUGUUUGAUUUCUGUUACAUUUUUCUGGUUUAAUGCUACUUCAGUUCCUGAUGUGAUGAUGAAUCAAACAGGGGAUUCAUAUAAGUAAGAGUUUUUGCAUUUUAUAUAUAUGAUCAAUCAGCAUUGCAUAUGCAUUUGUAUAGUUAUAUAUAAUGUAUAUGGACCAUUUGUACAGUAUAUAAUGAAGUAGUUAAAAUAUUCAACAGAAAUAUUAUAAUGGUAAAUGCAUCAUCAUGAAUAUUUGACAUUUGUGUGUUCUCUAUGUGUGUUUUUGCUAAUAUGCUAUUUAGAAUAUUUGUCGUUUCAUAGAUCUCAAAAGUACAAAAAGAAGAGAAACGGUACUUUCAAGGUUUUAUUUUGUUAUUUCCAAAUUUUCCCAUUGGGCAAGACAUCCCGAAUCACUCGACAAAAUUUGGUAUAAUUAUUAUUUUGUAUAGAAAUAUAGAUUUUACUUAGUUUUUAUGUGAAAGAUUAAAAAAAUUUCAAGCAUU